CCUCCUGGCUCGGUCCCGGCUCACCUUGCUCACUGAGCCAAGUGGCUGCAAGUAAGCCCGGCAACUCUGCAGCCGACCAGCUGUGUGUGUGUGCGUAUGUACGUAUGUGUGCGUGUGUGUGUGUUUUCCCCCAGUCCGCCCGCUGAAGCAUGGAGGAGCUGGCCAGAGAAAGCAUCAGCCUGCUGGCCUCGGCCUCGGCCAAGCCGCCGCUGGACGUGGCCGGGCCCCGGCUCGGCUCCAUGGGGGCCAUUUUCAUCAUGCUCAAGUCCGCCCUGGGCGCCGGACUCCUCAACUUCCCCUGGGCCUUCGACAAAGCCGGGGGCAUCCGCAGCGCCGUCACCGUGGAGCUGGUCUCCCUGGUCUUCCUGGUCAGUGGUCUGAUCAUCCUGGGCUACUCCUCGUCCAUCAGCGGCCAGUGCACCUACCAGGCGGUGGUGAAGCAGGUGUGCGGCCCCGCCAUUGGCCAGCUCUGCGAGGUCUGCUUCGUCUUCAACCUCUUCAUGAUCUCCGUGGCUUUUCUGGUCAUAGUUGAUGACCAGCUGGAGAAACUGUGUGGCUCGCUGUACGAGCUGGUCAGUGGCUUGCCGGAUUCGGAGAUGCCAUAUCACUGGUACACAGACCAUCGCUUCGCCCUGCUGCUCCUGUGUGUCCUGCUCAUCCUGCCGCUGUCCAUCCCCAAAGAGAUCAGCAUUCAGAAAUACAUCAGUGUGCUUGGCACUCUGGCAGCGACCUACCUGACGGUGGCCAUCAUCAUUAAAUACCACACCAUGCCUUUACUGCAGGCUCGCGUCACCCCCCUCUACAGCAGCGGGAUCAGCUCUUGGGCUUCCAUGUUCAGCGUCAUCCCAACCAUCUGCUUCGGUUUCCAAUGCCACGAGGCGUCCAUUGCCAUUUACAGCAGCAUGGAGAACCAGCGGCUCUCCCACUGGGUCGUCAUCUCUGUGGUCUCCAUGAUCUUCUGCCUCAUCAUCUACUCCCUCACCGGAGUUUAUGGUUACCUGACGUUUGGCAAGAACGUGAAGCCUGACAUUUUGAUGUCGUACACCGGUGACGACAUUCUGAUGCUCGUCGCUCGGCUGCUGUUUGGAGUCUCUAUCAUCACCAUCUAUCCCAUCAUCCUCCUGCUGGGCAGGUCAGUGAUCCAGGACCCCCUGUUGAGCUGGCGGCGGCGGUGGGACGGCCUGCUGACGGAGGAGUUUGAGUGCCGCAGCCGCUACGUGCUGACAGUCCUGUGGGUAACAGUGACGCUGCUCAUCACCAUGUUUGUGCCAGACAUCAGCAAGGUCAUCAGUGUCAUUGGAGGCAUCAGUGCCUUCUUCAUCUUUAUCUUCCCAGGGCUGUGUCUGAUCUUUGCCAUGCAGUCUGAGCCAGUAUCCUGUAAGACCAGAAUCACCCUCACUGUUUGGGGCGUGGUGACUCUGAUCUGCGGAGCCUUCAUCUUCGGCCAGAGCACCACCAUCGCCGUCAUGCAGCUCCUUGGAAAAAUCUGACCCCUCCAACCCCAUUCUUUUUGCCUUCCUAAAAUUCUACCACCGCUGACCUGGGCAUCUUGUUUUCUUGGAGAUGGUGGUAACUAACUAUACCCUCCCCCCUACCCACCGUGGUGCAUUAUGGACUCACUUCAGCACAAUUGAGUGGCCCUUUUUAUCUUGCAGCUGUGACUGGUCUCUUACAUUGGAUGGAACACCCUAAACGUCCGUCCUUCCUUCAGUAUUGAUCUGUGUGUCACUUUUAUGAUCGUUGGAUAGUUAUAGGAUAGUGGAUAGGGCAAGUUUUAAAUGUCCCCAGUGUUAAUUCUUUUAUUAUUUCUGUAGACACAAUUUGGGUUAGUUUGCUCAUUAUGUUAGUACGCACAAUAUUAAAUUGGAAGUAUUCUGGUGUAACUUUUGAAGAGAAGCUACAAAGUUCAACCUACAUGAUACAUUUCCUCAAGAAAUCCUUUACAAUAAAGUCAGGUUUGUUGGCUACCAACACCUAAGGAAAUGUACCUGCAGCCAAGUAGACCAGGAAAACUUUCAUGAUUAUGACCACACAACCAUGCAUUUUAAUUUAAUUUAAUUUAAUUUUUUUUUUUUAUUAAUUUGCACAGUAUGCACACUAACACCAGAAUAUGUAUUGAAGGAGGACAGCAUGGGAGUGUUCACACUGACAGCUAUUGUUACCUUGCGGGGCCAUACAAAAUGGAAGGGGAUCGGGUAGUCCAGCUAAACUGAUGUUUCUGUAUAGGUAUAUGUAUGAUUUGACUGUAAAUACUGUCAUGUUAAAAAUCUAUUUUGUAAGUUAAAAAAAAAAAAAAAGAAAUUAUGUACUCAUGUGUUGCAUUCUAACUUGAGAUUUGUAAUUGAGUAGUGAGAUUUGUAUU